GAGCAACUUCCGUGAAGCGCAAUCAUCGAGGCCUGGAAUGUGUCCUCGUCACCGAAGUAAGCGUGCUCAAGAGCCUUCUGGUCUACUUCACUGGUGUCCACCUGGCAGAACAAGAGGUCAAAACACCGUUGGAGAGGCGGAGCCAGAAAAUGUCACUAAUCAAUGUGACUGGAGACCCGCGUAACCUUGGGGACGACAACGUGGUGCGGCGAAAUGUGUGGCGGUCAUCACGAGAGGAGGUUCAUUUCACCAUUGCUUGAGAAAGAAGAAGAAGUUAUCACAAAGCAAAACGUCUUUGCUGGAUACGACUGAGCCGGUGCGCACUAUGUGCUUCGUGCUGUAAGAAGCGUGGCACGUGGGAUGUAAAGCGCGUGGAUGCGUCCUUCCUUGUGGUGCACCCCCACCGGAGCCGGAUAUCGACCUGGUUUUGGAUUCCCAGGAUUCGGAGCCCGCCGCUUGCAAUCGGGAGGACGCGGCGUUUCCUGAAUUGUCUCCCAGGCGCCACUUCUGGCAACUCGGCACCGGCGGUCCAUUUAGCCAAGGGCUGGCGCGGCGAGCCGGCUUUGUGUCGGUACACAGCUGGAGAGCCCUUUUUCUGCAAUUGCGGCAUAGCAGAGAUAAUUGGUCCUGCAGCUCGAAUCCGGCCGUGACACGCAGAAUAAAAAGAAUGCUGGGAGCCACCUGAUUGGAUGCCAACUGUCCGGCGGGGCAUUUGCAAAUAAGGAGGCUUCGAACGUCAGCGGGUAGCAAAACAGGACAAGCACACGCCGCUCUCCGACCUGAAGGCCCGAGUACUGAACUCCAGUGUUCGCAGCGAGCGGUAAGAGGGGAGGCCAUGUGGACCGCACGCCUGCUCGUCCUUGCCAGCCUCUUCGCUCCAGCCGCCCCGGCCUUCAGCCGUGCGCCCAUCCCCAUGGCGGUGGUGCGGCGGGAGCUGUCGUGCGAAGGCUACCCCAUCGAGCUGCGCUGCCCUGGCACCGACGUCAUCAUGAUCGAGAGCGCCAACUACGGGCGCACCGACGACAAGAUCUGCGACGCCGACCCGGCGCAGAUGGAGAACACCCGAUGCUACCUGCCAGACGCCUACAAGAUCAUGUCGCAAAGAUGCAAUAACCGGACGCAGUGCGCAGUGGUGGCCGGACCAGAUGUAUUUCCAGACCCCUGCCCGGGAACUUAUAAAUAUCUGGAAGUCCAAUAUGAAUGUGUGCCGUACAAAGUGGAGCAGAAAGUAUUCCUGUGCCCAGGGCUUCUACGCAGGGUAUACCAGAGCGAACACCUCUUUGAAUCGGACCACCAGUCCGGAGCGUGGUGCAAAGACCCCCUCCAAGCCUCGGAUAAGAUCUACUACAUGCCGUGGACGCCCUACCGUACGGACACGUUGACCGAAUACUCCUCCAAGGAGGACUUUGUCGCUGGCAGGCCGACGACGACCUAUAAGCUCCCGCACCGUGUGGAUGGCACGGGCUUCGUGGUGUACGACGGCGCGCUGUUCUUCAACAAGGAGCGCACGCGCAACAUAGUCAAGUUCGACCUGCGCACUCGCAUCAAGAGCGGAGAGGCCAUUAUAGCCAACGCGAACUACCACGACACCUCACCGUACCGCUGGGGCGGGAAAUCCGAUAUUGAUCUGGCGGUGGACGAAAACGGCCUGUGGGUGAUCUACGCCACGGAGCAGAACAACGGGCGCGUGGUCAUAAGCCAACUUAACCCGUACACGUUGCGCGUGGAGGGCACGUGGGACACAGCCUACGACAAACGCUCAGCGUCUAACGCUUUCAUGAUCUGCGGGGUCCUCUACGUUGUCAAGUCAGUGUACGAAGACGACGACAACGAGGCCACGGGGAACAAGAUCGACUACAUCUACAAUACAGAGCUGAGCAAAGACGGCUACCUGGACAUCCCUUUCCCCAACUCAUAUCAGUACAUCGCUGCUGUGGAUUAUAAUCCCAGAGACAAUCUGCUCUACGUUUGGAACAAUUAUCACGUGGUCAAGUACUCCCUGGACUUCGGCGUGCUGGACAACCGACUCGAGUCUUCAUCUUCCGUCAUGGUCUACAUGGACACGACAAGCACCACCACAAGGACCACUACUCGGCCCACCACCACCACCGUCACCUUUACAUCGGCCAGGACCGGCACCACCAAAAUGGCUGCCACCGCUACACCCACCAUGUCAACGGGGGCAGCGGCUCCCCCAAGGGCCCAGACCCCGGUGGGUCGCCUGGGGACGGGAGAUGACCAACGGCCGCCGUCUUCCUCCAGGCUUCCCAACGUCAGGGUGGAGUACUGUAAUCCUCUGGUCAUGUUGGACAUCUCUUGGCCCAAGACCGGGCAGGGGAACAUUGCCAAGAUGCCUUGUCCUCCCGGUACCAUAGGCGUGGCCUCCUACUCGUGCGCGGGUCCCGAGGGUUACUGGGACCCCCAGGGGCCCGACUUCACCAACUGCACCUCCCCCUGGGUCAACAUCAUCAGCCACAAGCUGAAAGCGGGCGAGACUGCGGCGGUGAUUGCCCGGGAGCUGGCCGAGCAGACCAAGCGCAACCUUCAGGCCGGCGACAUCACAUACACGGUGAGGGCCAUGGUCCAGCUGGUGGACCUCCUCGACGUCCAGCUGCGCAACCUCACGCCGGGGGGGAAGGACAGCGCAGCCCGGAGCCUCAACAAGCUGCAGAAGAGAGAACGCUCCUGCCGUUUUUAUGUUCAGGCCAUGGUGGAGACGGUGAACAAUCUGCUCCAGCCGCAGGCUCAGGCGGCGUGGCGCGAACUGAGCACGGGCGAGCAGCUGCGAGCCGCUACAACUUUGCUGGACACGGUCGAGCAGGGAGCCUUCGUACUCGCAGACAACCUGCUCAAGACCGACAUCGUGCAGGAGAACACGGACAACAUUCAGUUGGAGGUUGUACGGAUGAGCACCGACGGGAAUUUGCCCGACCUGAAAUUCCCGCAAACGGGCGGACAGGGCAGCUCCAUCCAGCUGUCGGCCAACACGCUGAAGCAGCAUGGAAGAAACGGUGAGAUCCGGAUCGCUUUCGUGCUGUACAAGCACAUCGGCCUCUACCUGUCCACAGAAAACGCCAGCAUGAAGUUGAGCAGCGAUCCCGUGGCGGCCAAUUAUUCCGUCAUCGUGAACUCGCACGUGAUCACGGCCGCUAUCAACAAGGACGCAAAUAAAGUCUACCUUUCCGACCCGGUCAUCUUUACCAUCAGACACGUACAGCAAUCCGAGGAAAACUUUAACCCAAACUGUUCCUUCUGGAGCUACUCCAAGCGCACCAUGACCGGCUUCUGGUCCACGCAGGACUGCCGCUUGCUGGGCACCAACAGGACCCACACCACCUGCUCUUGCACCCACCUCACCAACUUUGCCGUCCUCAUGGCUCACAUGGAAGUCAAGAACAUGGAUCCGGUUCACAACAUCCUCCUGGACGUGAUCACUUGGGUGGGCAUCCUCCUUUCGCUGGUGUGCCUGCUGGUCAGCCUCUUCACCUUCUGCUUCUUCCGGGGCCUCCAGAGCGACCGCAACACCAUCCACAAGAACCUGUGCAUCUGCCUCUUCAUCGCCGAGUCCCUCUUCCUCGUCGGGAUCAAUCGGACCGACAUGCCGAUCGCGUGUGCCGUCUUCGCUGCCCUGCUGCACUUCUUCUUCCUGGCGGCGUUCACGUGGAUGUUCCUGGAGGGUGUGCAGCUCUACAUCCUGCUGGUCGAGGUGUUCGAGAGCGAGCACUCGCGACGGCGCUACUUCUACAUGGUGGGCUACGGGCUCCCGGCCCUCGUUGUGGCCGUCUCGGCUGCCGUGGACUACCGCAGUUACGGCACGGACAGAGUUUGCUGGCUUCGCCUUGACACCUACUUCAUUUGGAGUUUCAUCGGACCGGCAACCUUGAUAAUUAUGCUCAACGUGAUCUUCCUGGGCAUCGCGCUUUAUAAGAUGUUCCAUCACACGGCCAUCCUCAAGCCCGAUUCCGGUUGCCUGGACAACAUCAAAUCGUGGGUGAUCGGGGCCAUUGCUUUGCUGUGCCUGUUGGGCCUCACUUGGGCCUUCGGGCUGAUGUACGUCAAUGAGAGCACGCUGGUCAUGGCCUACCUCUUCACCAUCUUCAACUCGCUGCAGGGCAUGUUCAUUUUCAUCUUCCACUGCGUGCUGCAGAAGAAGGUGCGUAAAGAGUACGGCAAGUGCCUCCGUACGCACUGUUGCAGCGGCAGAAGUAUGGAGAGCUCCAUCGGUUCCAAGGGGAACGCGUCCCGUGCUCCCGGACGCUACUCUGCUGGUUCACAGAGUCGCAUCCGCCGGAUGUGGAACGACACGGUCAGGAAGCAGUCCGAGUCCUCUUUCAUGACCGGCGACAUCAACAGUUCGGCGUCGCUCAACAGAGGGGCAAUGGCUAACCAUCUUAUACCUAAUGCACUCCUACGUCCUCAUGGCACUAACAAUCCGUAUAAUACAUUGCUCGGGGAGUCGGCAGUGUAUAACAACCCUCUGGGCAUGUACAACGCGCAAGAGGGAAUCCUGAACAAUGCCCGGGAUACAAGUGUCAUGGAUACACUACCACUGAAUGGUAACCACGGCUACAGCAUCGCCAGCGUCGACUACAUGAGCGACUGCGUCCAGAUCAUUGAGCGGGGCUACAACCACAAGGAGACCACCCUGGAGAAGAAGAUCCUCAAAGAGUUGGCCUCCAAUUACAUCCCUUCAUACUUGAACAAUUCGGCGGAGCACAACCGCAACCUGGUCAACAAGUUGGUGAACAACGUCAGCAACGGGUCCAAGGAGAGCGGCUACGCGUUGGGGCUGCGAGCGGCCGUGGGCGUCAACUCCGAACGCGCCACCUUCGGUGCCCGUCCCGACGACGGCCUGGGCUUGGAUUCCGACGUGCCGCUCUUGCCUCAGAGAGCGCUACCCCAGUCGGACCGCUCGUUCGACCGCUCGCUCAAGUGCUUGCACCAGCCGCCUCCGCCGCCCCUCCCGCUACCCCAUCGUCCCUACUCGGCCGCCCCCGCCUCGUCUUCCCGGCGGAGGAUCCCGCAGGAGAAUAGCGAGAGCUUCUUCCCCCUGCUCAACGACGAGCACACCGAGGAGGACGAGGGCUCGCCACCGCCCCCCGCUCACCGCCAGAGAGACUCGCUGUACACCAGCAUGCCCAUGCUCCCGGGGCUCCCAGCAGGCCCCAAGGACGGGGGCGAGGCUAAGAGUCCCGGGGCCAGCUCGGACGACGUGUACUACAAGAGUAUGCCCAACUUGGGCUCCGGGAACCACCUUCACCAGCUGCACUCCUACUACCAGCUGGGACGCGGAAGCAGCGACGGCUUCAUCGUGCCCGCCAACAAGGACGACCUGUCCCCGGAGGAGCCCCUCCAGGAGCCCUCGCACUUGGUGACCAGCCUCUAGACCCCCCCCCCCCCCUGCGAGGUCUCCCCAAUUUUUUUCCUCCAUCAGUCGUCGGCACUUUGUUUUUAUCGCCGUGUCUCUGAGACUAGCGUUGCGAGAGAACUGCGAUAAAAGGGAGGGGGGCCCAGCGAAAGACGUUUGACCUCCCCCUCCUGUGUCGGAUCAUCUGUGUGAAAACUUAAAGGAUGUAAUCAGACCCAAACAAAUGCAAACUAUAGACAAAGACUAUUUUAUUAUACACAUUGAAGAUUCUUCCCCCCCCCCCCCAAGGAUUUAUUUGGCACAUUUUGUUCGCUGAAGUAACAGCAAACAAACAAAAAAUGUGAAAGCGUAGCUGCUCUUUUUUCCUUUGUCACAUAAUAAAAGGGAGGGGGGAAAAAUGAUUCGACGUAAAUGUACAGAUAACUAGCUAAGCUUUUGUUGCGGACGACCGACCCCCGCGUCUCUGUUGUACGUGUGAGCAAUUUUUGUUCCCCUGUUCUUUUGUCACACACGCAUAUAAAAAAAAACAAACAAACAAAGAACAUUUGGUUAUUUGUGCAACGUCUUUGUUUUCAGGUCUGCGUUUGGUUUCUUCCCUCCUUUUCAGUGUAGAUAGCAGAUUUCUGUUCCAGUGGUGUCCCUCGGAAAAACGUUCACGGUGCGGAAGAAACUGGAGCACUGAUGAGCACUUAGGCACUUCUUGUACAAUAAUGGCUGUUGUACUUAUUAAAGAAAAAG